GGGAAAAAAGGGGAUUGCUUGGUUUCCUGAGGGAAAAGGAGAAUUGCUGGGAUUCCCAAGAGAAAAAGGAAUUGCUCUGUUUGCUGUUGGAAAAGGGAAUUGCUAUGGUUCCCGAGGGAAAAAGGAAUUAUUUGGCUUCCCAAGGCUGUGGGGGUUUCCUGGUGUUCCCAAGGGUAAAGGGACUUGCAGAUAUUCCUGAGGGAAAAUGGAAUUGCUCUGUUUCCUGAAGGAAAAGGAGAACUGCUGGGGUUCCCAAGAGAAAAGAGGAUUGCUCUGUUUCCUGGUGGAAAGGGGAAUUGCUGGGGUUCCCGAGGGAAAAGGGGGUUAUUUGGCCUCCUGAGGCAGCAGAGGUUUCCUGGUCAUCCCAAGGUUCAUGGGACUUGCUUGGGUUCCCAAAGGAGAAGAGAAUUGCUGUGGUUUCAGAGGGAAGAGGGAAUUGCUGCCUUGCCUGGAGGAAAAGGGAGUUGCUGGGGUUCCAAAAAGAGAAGAGAAUUGCUGCGUUGCCUAAAGGAACAGGGAAUAUCUGGGGUUCCUGAGGGAAAAUGGGAUUUCUGAGGAAAAAGGGGAUUGUUGGGGUUCCCAAGGGAAAAAAAAGAGUUGCUGGGAUUCCUGAGGGAAAAAGGGGAUUGCUUGGUUUCCUUAAGGGAAAGGAGAAUUGCUGGGGUUCCCAAGAGAAAAGGGGAUUGCUGCGUUUCUUGUAAUUGCUUUUCUUGUUGGAAAAAUUGCUGAGGUUCCCGAGGAGAAAGGGAGUUGCUGGGGUUCCACAGAGAAGAUGGAGUUAUUGGGCUUCCCGAGGCUGCAGGGGUUUCCUGGUGUUCCCAAGGGUAAAGGGACUUGCUGAUGUUUCUGAAGGAAAAGGGAAUUGCUGAGUUGACUGAAGGAACAGGAAAUAUCUAGGGUUUCUCAAGGAAAAGGGAACUUCCGGUGUUCCUGAGGCAGGAUCUGGAGGCAGGAAGAAAGGUUGCAUGUUGGAAUGUGGCAGCACUGCCUCAUAUCCUUUCGAUUUUGCUAUCCAAGGUGAUUUCUGACCUCUUCAGAAGCCCAAUUAAUCAGCGUGGAACUGGAGGAGGAUUCCAGGUGCCACAAAGACACCCAGAAGCUGCCUGUUUUCUUGAAGGAUUUGGCUGUUUUCCAUGGACCUACUCAAAAAGCCAAAGGAUUUUCUUGGAGCGUGUAACAAGGAUCAGCUCCUCGUGAUGGGAAUUCAAGGGAACGCAGGCUGAGCUCCUCGGUGGCUUCUUGGCAGGGAUAAUAGCACUGGCCAAGCUUUUGCAGGGUCCGGAGCGACAACCUCGGUGACACCCUCUGGAGCCAUGGUGGAGGGGAAGAGACCACGGCUGCUCCUCCAGCUGGUGCAGGAGGGACAGCUGGAUCUGCUUCGGGAUGAGCUGCGACGGAGUGAUGUACCAGAGGUGUCGGUACGGAGCCAGCGGUACGGGCGCUUGGAGGAGACGCUGCUGCACCAUGCUGCUCGGUAUGGACACCGGGAUGUCCUCGCCUACCUCGUGGAGGAGCUGGGGAUGGACCUUGAGGCGUUCAAUAGCGACUACAAAAGGCCCCUCCAUGAAGCAGCCUCCAUGGGACACGGGGAAUGUGUCUCUUACCUCCUGGAGAAAGGCGCAAGCGUGGACUGCUUGAAGAAGGCAGACUGGACACCCCUGAUGAUGGCUUGCACCAGGCAGAACUUGGAGGUGAUCAAAGCUCUCGUGGAGCAUGGAGCCAACCCGCUGCUGAAGAACAAGGAUGGCUGGAAUUGCUUCCACAUCGCAAGUCGAGAGGGCCAUCCCCAGGUCCUCCAGUACCUGCUGGAUGUGUCCCCAGGCAGCUGGGACACAGAGAGCACAAUAAAGAGAACACCUCUGCACACAGCAGCAAUGCACGGCUGUUUUGACGUUGUGGAGCUGCUCCUGGAGCGGUGCCAAUACAAACCUGACAGCAGAGACAAAUGUGGAGUCACUCCCUUUAUGGAUGCUAUCCAGAAUGGACAUGUCAACAUUGCCCGGCUGCUCCUGGAAAAACACCAGGCCUGUCCUACAGCCGUGGAUGCACUGGGAGCUCAGCCUGUGCACCGGGCAGCCAUCACAGCCCAGGAUGAAGCCAUCCAGUUCCUUGUUUCUGAGCUGGGUAUUGAUGUAAAUGAGAGAACGACGACCCUCCAGCUUACAGCGCUACACUAUGCAGCCAAGGAAGGACAUGUGCACACCAUCCAGACGCUGCUGGCCCUCGGCGCCGAUGUCCAUGCGAAGGAUGGGAAGAGCCGUUCUGCCUUGCACAUGGCAUGCGCUGGGCAGCAGGCAGACGCCGCACGGAUCCUGCUCAGUGUCGGGCUGCAGGACACUCCGGAUGGCACAGGCGUGUUGGCAUGGCAGCUCGCAAGGAAGCCAGAUGUCAUCCAGGUCCUCCAGGAAAUGAAUGUCAGCACGUGAGACAAAAUGGAAGAAGAGAAGUGUGCUUCAGUUCAGCGUGGGCUGAACUCCACCUCUUUGUGCGCAGCACAUCCAAACAGCUGAGGCCACAGCUCGCUGAAGGGUAACCAUCCAAGGAAAAGCACUGCUAGAUGACCUCUGGGGACCUGUGUGGCUUGAACCCGCUGGAGCGUGCCUAGCUCUCACUGGGAUGCUUCCAUCAGGACAUCCUGCAGGAGAAGAUGCACGUGGAUCCUUCAUUUUUAUAACCCUUAAUGAGGUCUCUGUUAAUCUCUUAAACUGCUUUAAGUGGCCCCUCUUUUGGUAGCCCCUGAGAGGGGCUGAGUAUGGUGCAGUUUAAGUGAGUCCUUGGUGACUCUUCCUUUGUCAGGUUUGAGCUGCAGAGAACCUGCACAGGGACUUUCAGGCUGCAUCAACUUCUUCCAUCUUUUUUGUGGCCCAAGCCUGAUCCCAAAGCCUGCCAAAAUCAAUACAAAGGUCUCUGCCUUGCAGUGACAUCAAGAGUCUUUGAAUCAGGCUCAAAAAGAGGUGUUUGCUGUUCCAGACUUGCUUGGUGUCUCUCACCAUCAAGGAACUUGAAAACAAAUCCUGCUCUUUGAAGUGUACAGGGAAAUAAUUUAAUAUUUAAUGUAGCCAAUAACUCUCCAACAGCCUGGAAUACAUGUAAAGGUCCAGAGGGACCUGGACAGGCUGGAUCCAUGGGCCGAGGCCAAUUGUGUGAAGUUCAACAAGGCCAAGUCGUGCACUUGGGUCACAACAACCCCAUAUAAUGCUACGGGUUUGUAGAUGAAUGGCUGGAAAACUGCCUGUAGAAGAAGGACCUGGGGGUGUUGAUUGAUAGUCAGCUGAACAUGAGCCAGCAGUGGCCCAAGUGGCCAAGAAGGCUAAUGGCAUCUUGGCUUGGAUCAGCCAUAUUGUGGCCAGCAGGUACAGGGGUGUGAUUGUGCCCCUGGACUCAGCAUUGGUGAGGCCACAUCUUGAAUCCUGGGUUCAGUUUUGGGCCCCUCACUAUAAGAAAUGCAGCCCUGCUCACAGCAACCUAGUAAAUCAGAAUCAUAGAAUGGUUUGGGUUGGAAGGGACCAUGAAGGUCAUCCAGUCCAACCACCCUGCUGUGAGCAGGGACAUCAACUCGAUCAGGUUGCACAGAGCCCCACCCAACCUAACCUUGAAUGUUUCCAGGGAUGGGGCAUCUACCACCUCUCUGACUUUACACCCUUAGUGUAAAGUAUUUCUUCCUAAGAUCUAAUCUAAACUUCUCUUUUAGAUUAAAACCACUGACACAGGUUGUGAGAGAAGUCAUGGCUGCCCCAUCCCUGAAGGUGUUCAAGGCCAGGUUGGAUGGAGCUUUGAGCAACCAGUGAGAGGUGUCCCUGCCCAUGGCAGAGGGUUGAGACUGGAUGGGCUUUGAGGUCCCUUCCCACCCAAACUAUUCUAUGAUUCUAUGAUAUUUUUCCUUAUCUAAGUGUGGACAAGUUUGGUGUCAGGCACAGAACCCAGCCGUUUUCAUAAAGAGCAGGAAAAAUACAGAGCAGCCUUCAUUCAAGGCUGCCAGGUCCAGUACCCCAGGGCCAUGGAGACAUGUUCGUCUCUUCAGGUUUUGCUCCUCCAAAAAUUAUAGCCAUUUAAAAGGAGCUGCUCUAAUGCCCAUCCAAGCCACCACUCCCUCUACUCCACACUGGUGCGGCCCCACCUUGAGUAUUGUGUUCAGUUUGGGGUGCUGCAGGAUUAAAAGGAUUUAAAGGUACUGGACAGUGGCCAGAGGAGGCCAUGAAGUUGGUCGAGGGUCUAGAGGGGAAGUCAUAUGAGGACCAGCUGAAGUCACUUCGUCUGGUCACCCUGGCGGAGUCAGUGGACCUCAUUGCAGUUUACUUCUUCCUCACAAGAAGAGGAGGAGGAGCAGGUGUUGAUCUCCUCUCUCUGUUGACCAAUGAUAGGACCUGAGGGAAUGGCAGUAAGAUGCUCCAGGGGAGGGUUAGGUUGGACAUUAGGAAAAGGUUCUUCACCCAGAGGGUGGUGGAACACUGGAAGAGCUCCCCAGGGAAGCAGUCACGGCCCCAAGCCUGACAGUAUUCCAUAAGCAUUUGGCCAAAUCUCUGAGCCACAUGGUGUGAAUGUUGGGGUUGUCCUGUGCAGGGCCAGGAAUUGGACUUGAUGAUCCUUGUGGGGCCCUUCCAACUCAGGUCAUUCUGUGCUUUUGGCCAUGUGAUGGAGCUUUGCCUGGUUCUCCAUUGGCCCUGGCACACUCCCCUCCAUGUUGUGCGUCCUGGUGGAUGACAGGGAUGCAACUGUGUGACCAAAUUAAGAUGCCUUUAAGCCCUGUGCGUGUCUAAUCCACACCAUCCGCCCCGAGGCACGUAAGCAGCUUUGCCAUAAGUUUUCCCUCCCUGAUUUGCUCUUCUUCCCCUGAAUGCAGAUCCACAGGGCGUUAAAACCAGAGGGAAGGUUGGAAAUUCCUGCCUUGCUUCAAGGAAGCAGUGGGCGGUGGAGAUGGGGUAGCGGCAAGGAUGAAAAAAACCCUCUUAAAUGCAAAAAAAGGUCAAAUCUUCCCCAAAAAAUCUCUGGCCCCAUUGUGUCAGUGCUGAUCUGAAGUUUUGCCACAGAUGAGGGGAUUUCCUGCACCCAGAAUGAGAAGAAAUGCUAAUCUUCCCGUGUUUUGGGGUGAAAAGAGGGAAAUGUGAAUGGUGCUGUGCAUGAGAAGUGAAACCUUGCGUUUGGGAAGCAGAAAUACACCGUAAUUAGCAUAGUUUCUUGUUAUAAUUAACAAAGCACUUCCAUGUGGUCUGUGGGAUGCGGUGGGAAAACACUAGCCUUGUGGCAGAGGGUGCUGGAUAGUGUUAUGGUGGAGCUCUGUGCCACGCUUCAG